AUGAGCGAUUAUGUCUUGGAUGGAGAUCACGAUGUUCAUGAAGAUGAGUUCGGAGAUGAAAACGGGAAGGAGGACGUCAGCGUGACCGACGAAAUGCAUUUCGAUGCUGAGUUAGAGGCUAUCAAAGAACGCUUCAAAGAAAUUGAAGCAGAUGCAAAUAAAUUACAUGACUUGCGCCGCGUUAUCGACAAGUCUCCAAUCUCAAAAUCCAAUAACUCAAAUUUGUCAGAUGAAGAUAAAACUGAAGUUGACUUGCGUUCUGUAUAUGUUGGAAAUGUUGAUUAUGGUUCUACGGCCGAUGAACUAGAAGCACAUUUCCGUGGUUGCGGGCCGAUAAACCGUGUUACUAUAUUAUGCAAUAAAUUUACUGGACACCCUAAAGGAUUCGCAUAUAUUGAAUUCGAUACUCGUGAUGCUGUUGAAGCUGCAAUCGCUCUGGAUGACUCAUCUUUUCGAAGUCGACAGUUGAAAGUCCUACCUAAGCGUACAAAUGUUCCAGGAAUGUCCAUGACAAAUCGUCCCCCUUUCGUGAGAGGUCGCGCGCGCGGCAGAGGGAUGUCUAUUGGUUUCCGUCCAGCAUAUGCUGGCCGAAUGCGAUUCCCACGAUAUCGGCGACGUGGUAGUUAUUACUUUACCCCCUAUUAA